UUUGCAUACAUUUUAUAUAAAAAUAAAUAAAUUAUUUUUGUUUACAAAAUCUACAGUAUUUUCAAACCCAAACAUCUUAUUUGAUCUGAGAUUAAUUAGUGUAAUCGUUGUCCGUUAACGGAUCAAAUGCACGACAAUGGAUCAAAUUGAUGACAAUAAGACAAAUAAAAAGAAUAAGAGAAGUAAAAACCGAAAGAAGAAGUAUUUUGUACACAAAAAACGGCCAAAACUUGAGCUCACAUUUGAUUCAGACGACAGAAAAGAGUAUUUGACGGGUUUUCAGAAGAGAAAAUCUGAACGAAAAAUCAAAGCCAAACACGAACUUGAAUUGAAACUCAAAGAAGAUAAGAAAAGACGAAAACAGCAACAAAAGGAAAGACUCGCGAAGUUAUAUGACUCUCAACUCCCGGUGCCGGACGACAUCCAGGAACUGUUGCCGGCCGAGGCCACAGUUAGCUACGAGUUGCCACAACAAGUGGUAAAUAUCACAACAUUUGAUGCGCAACAACUGUCGGGAUCUUUAGGUCUGACUUUAGGCCGAAACAAGAAAUCAGUUAAAAAAGCUGACAAUGAAGUGACAUAAUUGGUGUCGAUAUUAAUUCAUUGUAUUAUUA